UUAACGCCCGACWMGCCGGCGGACGAUUCGUGCGAAGGAACCGUUGACGUAAACUCCGUUUGUGGUAAGAACCCGAUUCAUGUUGUUGUUGUUGUUAUUGUUCGCAUCGUCAUUGUACUUACCCACCAUCAUUGUUCAAUAAACACGAAAAUCUAAUAAUUCUAUAAAAAAAAUCUAAGUUUUGRAAGUGCGCUAUCCACGAAGCGUUGCUGACUGAUUCUGCUGACUGGCUUAUUGCUGUUAUCGAUACGUGAAAAGCCAAAUUCACCUAAUUUCAGGAUUACAGGUGACCGCAGGAUGUAACUAUUUAUUAGUAAAUGGGCACGUAUCGAUUGUGACGUUGUAGUCGGGACCGGACUUGGUGAAAAGUGUUUGUUUCAGAUGCCAUAAAAUGGAACGAAUAUGGAGGCUGCUACAAGCGGCUUCCUUUCUCGUACCGUUACUACAAAACGUGUUAUCAGAUAGCUCAGACGUGUUUGAAAAUGGAAAAUCAGAMAAAGAAAUACUUGAUAAUUUGGUGAACCCUAACAGAUAUGACAAAAGAUUAUUACCACCAGUGGAUGAUCAAGAUUUUUGUUGCGGGAUGAAAACGCCUCAAGACGUAAGAGUGAUACUUCCAUCAGCCAACAGACAUCCUAUUCGUAAAGGGCCUUUAUUAGUAAAUGUCAGCGUGCUAUUACUCAGUCUGGCCUCACCCGACGAGUCUAGUUUGAAGUACGAGGUUGAAUUUUUACUGCAACAACAAUGGUAUGACCCUCGUUUGCGGUACUCGAACCAAAGCCGAUAUGAUUUUCUAAACGCUAUUCACCACCACGGGGACAUUUGGGUGCCGGACACGUAUUUCAUCAUGCACGGCGAUUUCAAAGCAUCGCUAAUACCAGUACACUUUUCUCUGAGGAUCUACAGGAACGGCAGUGUCCAUUAUUUAAUGAGACGCCAUUUGAUAUUGUCUUGCCAGGGUAUAUUGAACAUAUUUCCGUUUGAUGAUCCGCAGUGCACGUUUUCAAUGGAAAGCAUAUCAUAUGAAAUGUCAGCUAUAAAAUAUGUCUGGAAAAAUGAUGAAAGCACUUUGAAGAAAUCACCAUCGUUAAAAACUUUAAAUGCAUACUUAGACCGGAACCAUACAACUGAAUGCCCAUCGACUGGAAGUUGGAGAGGUAACUAUAGUUGUCUUGAAGUGAAUUUGAUUUUUACCAGAGACAGAGCAUUCUAUUUUACUACGGUUUUCAUACCUGGUAUAAUAUUGGUAACUUCAUCAUUCAUCACCUUCUUUCUUGAAUGGAAUGCAGUGCCGGCAAGAGUAAUGAUAGGUGUAACUACAAUGUUGAAUUUUUUCACUACAUCAAACGGUUUCCGAAGUACUCUGCCAGUGGUAUCAAAUUUAACAGCUAUGAACGUUUGGGAUGGCGUGUGUAUGUGUUGUAUAUACGCCAGUUUAUUGGAAUUCGUGUUAGUAAACUAUGUGGGACGAAAACGUUCAGACUGGCCGUUACCAAUUGUAUACCAGAAUAAAGAUCAAGACUACAAACAAAUAACGCAAGUAAGGUUUCGUUGUAUUUAG